CUGCAGCUGAGCUAGCGCGGCCGCUGGGGGCCCAGUUGGGCAUCGGUCGUUCGGUUCUGGCCGUCUCUUAGCGACGCAGCCAGCCACGUGAGCUGUGCGCGCUGUGGUGUGGCACAGAGGCUCAGGGGCCUUGGAGGAGUCAUUUGACCUCACACCACACGAUGCAACCGGACGGCCACUCCUUCCGAGUGCUGACCUACAACAUCUUGGCGCGGUCCCUCGGCAGCAACACGAUCCCGUGGGUGCUCAACGUCUCGCCGCAGACGCGAGCGCGGAUCGAGGACAAGACGGGCGAGGCCUUUGGCACCUGGCGGCGCACGAAUGUGGAUGACGAGUACAAGCGCCACUGGCACAAGAACUUCCAUAGCGGCGACUACGCGGCGAUGCGCGCGUUGUGGGGGUGUAGGGUGCUUAGGUCCGAUAGCGACAUUCCUGAGAAGCUGAGCGGUCUGAAGUUUGAGAGUGAGGACAAGGUGCUGUACGUCAAGGGAGGCCUGCCUACCGUGGCCACCACUUUGCGAGGCGUCCUGCGGCGCUCCUUGGGCGAGGCCGAGGGCCUCCGGCUCUUCGCGGAGGUCUCCGAGCAGGACGCGACGGUCUACGACUGGGCCGCGCGCGGCCCGCGCGUGUUUGACGUCUGUACAUGCGCCGACAUCGUGGCGCUGUGCGAGUACGACAUCCAUAAUGUACACGCUUCGUACAAGAACGGGGACCAGCCCUUCCACGCGGCCAUGGCGUCCCAAGGCUACGACGGCGCCUUCUUCACGGACCCGCUGAUCGGCCGGACGCCGCCGGCGGGCCUCGGCGUCUUCUGGCGCUCCGAUGUGUUCGAGCUCGUCGAAGAGCAGAGCGAUCGAAUAAUCGCCUGCAACACUACGACUGUGUCCUUGUCGAACCACGACCUGCUGGAGAAGUGGCACCCGCUCGUCGUGCCGCCGACGGAGGGCGGCGGCGUCACGGCCACGGACCUGCCGGCGGCGGACCGGCGCCAGGCCGCCGUGGCGCGGCUGCGCCACAAGGCGUCGGGUCGCAUUGUGUGUGUCGUGGCCGUGCACCUCAUGACGACGUCGCGCGACGGGCUGUGUGGAAAUCAGGACCUGCACGCGAUGCCUGCUCGAUGGCGUAGCGGUGUGCACCCGACUCACUGGUUGAUUCCACACAGGCGACGGGCCCGGCGUGACCCGCUUUCCCGGCGAGGUGCGCGCCGGAGAGCUCGCCACAAUAAAGAACAUAGUCGCCGAGAGAGCGGACGACGACGACGCGGUCGUGCUGUGUGGGGAUUUCAACACGCCGCCGUCGGAAACGCACGUCUGGAGCGGCGACGUGGGCUUCAAGCACGCCACCGGGUGGGGCGGCGACGGCGCGUUUUUCUGGGGCGAGCGGACCUUACGGGACGCCUUCGCGCCCGUGCACGGCUGGGCGGAUUGCGAGGGCGUGUGCACGUCGAAGAACGGCGACCGGUCACUCUGGAUCGAUUAUGUCUUCUACGACGAGUCCCUGGAGCCCCUGGACCGGAGCGACGUCUCGGCGCCGGCCGGCGCGAUCCCGGACCUCGUGCACCCGUCGGACCACCUGCCGCUCGCGUGCACGUUCCGGUUUUCUUAACUAUUACUGUGAUU